GUGUGAAUCCUCCUUAGCCUUCACAAUUUUUGUGCAUUGCAUUCUCCUUUGCAAGCAGAAGCUGGUGCAAAUCCUCCGUAUCUUUCCCAUUUGCUCACUUUUCUUGUGCCUUGCACUCCCCUUUUGCAAGUGGAAGCAAGUGCAAUUCUUUCAAAAGCUGUCACGUUUGCUCACUUGGUUGUGCAUUGCUCUUUUGCAAGCUGAAGCCGGUGUGAUUCCUCUGUAACUUUCCCAUUUGCUCACUUUGUUGUGCUCUGUGUGUCUCCUUUGUGGAAGCAAGUGCAAACCCUUCAACAUUUGCUCACUUUGCUUUGGAUUGUGCCCUUUCCAUGCAAGUGGAAGCGAGUGCGAAUCCUCCUUAGCCGUCACACUUUUUUUGUGUCUUGCAUUCUCCUUUGCCAGCAGAAGCUGGUGCAAAUCCUUUGUACCUUUCCCAUUUGCUCACUUUUUUGUGUCUUGCACUCCUCUGGUGCAAAUCCUCUGUAUCUUUUGCAUUUGCUCACUUUGUUGUGCCUUGCACUCCUCCUUGGCAAGUGCAAGCGAGUGCGAAUUUCUCAAAGCUGUCACGUUUGCUCACUUGGUUGUGCAUUGCAACUCUUGGCAUGUUCCACAUUUGCUCACUUUAUUGUGCCUUGUGCUCCUCCUUUGCAAACACAAGCGGGUGCAAAUCCUCUGCAUCUUUCACAUUUACUUAAAGUUGUGCAUUGCUCUAUUGCAAGCAGAAGCUGGUGUAACUUUCCCACUUGCUCACUUUGUUGUGCCUUGUGUGUGCCCUUUGCAAUCAGAAGCAAGUGCAAAUACUUCAACUUUUGCUCACUUUGCUGUGGAUUGUGCCAUUUCUAUGCAAGUGGACGUGAGUGUGAAUCCUGCUUAGCCUUCACACCUUUUGUGUAUUGCAUUCUCUGUUGCAGAAUUUUCUGUAUCUGUCUCAUUUGCUCACUUUCUUGUGCCUUGUGUUCCUUCUUUGCAAGUGGAAGCAAGCGCAAAUCCUUGGCUUUCACACUUUUUUGUGUAUUGCAUUCUCUUAUUUGCUCAACUUGCUGUGCAUUGUGCCCUUUCUAUGCAAGUUGAAGCGAGUGCGAAUCCUCCUUAAGCAUCACACUUUUUUGUGCAUUGCAUUCUUUGCAAAGAGAAGCUGGUGCAGAUCCGCUGUAUCUUUCCCAUUUACUCACUUUGCUGUGCUUUGCACUCCUUUGAAAUUGGAAGGGAGUGCAAAACCUCCUUUGCCUUCACACUUUUUUGUGCAUUGCUUUUCCUUUGCAAGUGGAAGCGGGUGCAAAUCCUCUAAUUUUUCCAUUUACUCACUUUGCUGUGCAUGGUACACUCUCAACACAAGUGGAAUCGAUUGCAAAUCCUUGUUGUGUCUUGCGCUCCUUUGAAGUUGGAAGUGAGUGUGAAUCCUCCUUCGCCUUCACAAUUUUUUGUGCAUUACUUCUUUGCAAGUGGAAACUGGUGCAAAUCCUCUGUAUUUUUCCCAUUUGCCCUCUUUGCUGUGCUUGGUGCACUUUUUGCACAAGUGGAAUUGAAUGCGAAUCCUCCUUCACCUUCACAUCUUUUUUGUGCCUUGCUCCUCCUUUGCAAGUGGAAGCGAGUGCAAAUCCUUUGCUGUGCAUGGUGCAAUUUCUAUGCAAGUGGAAGUGAGUGCGAAUCCCCCUUUGUAUCUGUCCUAUUUGCCCACUUUGCUGUGCAUGGUACACUUUCUAUGCAAGUAGAAGCGAGUGCGAAUCCCGUGUCUUUCCCAUUGACUCGCAUUGUGCUUUGCGCUCCUCCUUUGCAACUGGAAAUUGCUGCUAAACAGACCCCACUUAGUAUCUUCUGAAGUGCCCCCAAUUGCAAAAUCCAAAUUGGAGCUCCUUCUCAGCGCAAUCAACUUGAAAACAGGAGGAAAGGGGGCCACUGCGAUGAAGGCCCUGCUCUUCAUAUAGCUGGAAUUGGACCUCUCCUUUUCCUACACACCGUCUGCUCUUGACCACCAGAGUUGGACCAGACGGGGGUCACCGGACCUCCUCUCCUGCCCAAGAUGGACGCCUCGGACUCGGACGUCCGGCUGUGCGGCUACCUGCGCAAGCAGAAGUCCCACCGCCGGCGCUUCUUCGUGCUGCGCUGCGCCAGCGACCGUGGCCCGGCGCGGCUGGAGUAUUACGAGAGCGAGAAGAAGUUCCGCUCGCAGCCGCGGCCCAAGAGGACCAUCCCGCUCAGCAGCGCCCUCAACGUCAACAAGCGGGAGGACGCCCGCCACCGGCACCUGGUGGUCCUCUACGGCCGGGAGGGCACCUUCGGGGUGGCCGCCGAGAGCCCCGAGGAGCAGCAGGCUUGGUACGCCGCCAUGGUGGAGCUGCGCAACAAGGGGCGGGACCCCCCUGGCGGGACCCCCGCAGACGCUUGCUCAGCCUCAGGUUCCCCGUCCUUCUCGGAGGUGUGGCAGGUGAGCCUCCGCCCACGUGGCCUGGGCCACUCUCGCCACCUGGCCGGAUCCUACCUGCUGUGCCUGGCGGAGCGGACGGUCAGCUUCCUGCGGCUGAGCUCCCCGGAGGCUGAGGCGGGGUCAACGGCGGGGUCCGGCCCCUCCUUGGUGCUGCAGCUGCUGAGCGUCCGGCGUUGCGGCCACUCGGAGAACUACUUCUUUCUGGAGGUGGGCCGCUCGGCCGCCACGGGUCCCGGGGAGCUCUGGAUGCAGGUGGAGGAUGCGGUGGAAGCCCAGAAGAUGCACGAGACCAUCCUGGAGGCCAUGAAGGCCCUCAGCGACGAAGUCCGGAUACGCGGCAGCACCGCCGGCACGGCCGGCCCCAAAGCCUUGACCUCCAGCCCCAUCUUGGUGCCCCCCCGGACCCCCAAAGCCGGCCAGGGGUCUCCCUCCGUGGGUCCGAACAUUGCUCCAGCCCUCUUGACCCGGAAGCCCAGUUCCCUGAGCGACUACAGCGCCGUCUCCUCGGACGAAGGGGGGUGCAGUCCAUGCGAGGCACAGCCCCCCAGGACCCCAGACCCCCUCGUAGUGGUGGGCUAUAUCGGCAUGGCAAAGCGGAGGGACACUCGCGGUCAGUGGGGGUCACGGUCUGAGAGCAAUACGCGGGACCCUCUUUCCGAGCUGGACUACAUCGCCAUGGGCAAGCCGGACCUUGGCAGCGGUCAGCGCUUGGUCAGAUCUGUGUCCGAGAACAACAAGCGGGACCCCCUUUCCGAUUUGGACUACACUGCCAUGGGCAAAGCGGGCGUUGGUAAUGGUCAACACUUCAAAGUCCAGUGGGCAUCGGGAAAUAACAUGCAUGACCCUCUUUGCGAGCUGGACUACAUUGCCAUGGCGAGACUGACCGCUUCUAACGGUCACCACAUGACUCGGUGGUCGUCGGGCAGCAAGCGUGCUUCUUUGCCCCCUUUAGCCUUUGAGAAGGGCACCCCCAAUUUGCCGCGGCGCAAUACGGCUUCGUCCGCGACGGGUUCGGCCAGCUACCCCGAAGGGCUCAACAUCUACGGCUACAUGGCCAUGCUGCCCGGAGGAGUGACCACCGCCGAGGAUUACGUCCCCAUGACCCCUGGGAGCCUCUCGCCGACACAGGAAAGCAGCGGUGGCUACAUGGUGAUGACCCCCAAAGGGAGCUGCUCUCCGGACAGGACUGGACACUGGGGCAAAGCGGCGGGGGGCGACUACGUUAACAUGUCCCCCUCGGGGGCCCCCUUCUACUCCUUGCCGCGGUCCUACAGGCCGUGCCCCUUCAUCCCAAGCCGGUUCUCGGGGUCGUCUUCCACCAGCUCUGAAAGCCUAGAAGGGGGGGCCCUUGUCAGCCCCUUCGCGGACCCCCCUCAAAACGCCGGGGAAUACGUCAGCAUCGAGUACCCUGCCGGUAGCAUUGCAAGUUACAUCACAAUGGACCCCGAAAACAAGGAUGGCGAUGGGAACCGUGCAAGGGGAGCAUCUAGAUGGUCUCAAGGGGGUCCCGAAAGUGGAGACCCCCCAUCACAGCCCUCGGACGAGGCCGGCAUGGACCUCAACUACAUCGACUUGGACCUGGUCAAGGAGGCGGUCAGCGCCAGCCCUGCGGAGGAGGCCGCCUCGGGGCAGUUGCUGCUCCACGCCUACGCCAGCAUCGACUUCCACCGCUCCGGAGGCUUCCGGGGAAACCGGGCCACGAAAUUCCCGGGAAAGGAUUCUUGACCGCUUCCAGAAGGAAGGAAGGAAGGAAGGAAGGAAAGCCCUCCUGGGGGAAGAAACUGCCUGAUUUCCCUCUCUUUGCUGCUGCUUCUUUUCCUCCUUUGCAUUUAUUGGGGGGGCCCCUUUGUGCCUUUGCAGGAAGUGGGGUCUUUUGGCCCCCAAAUGCACCCCAAAACCCAUCCUUCACACCAAAUAGGGGCCCUUUACAUAUGCAUCAUGGGAUUUGGGGGGUCCCUGUAUCCCAAAACUGCCACUCAUUAAAAUACCCCAAUUUUGGAUUUGGGGGUGUCCCUGUACCCCAAAACUGUCACUCAUUAAAAUACCUCCAUUUUGAUUUUUUGGGGGGUCCCUGAACCCCAAAAUUGCCAAUCAUUAAAAUACCCCCAUUUUGGAUUUGGGAGUGUCCCUGUACCCCAAAACUCACUCAUUAAAAUACCCCCAUUUUGGAUUUGGGGGGGAGGCUGAACCCCAAAACUGCCACUUAUUAAAAUACCCCCAUUUUGGAUUGGGGGGGGGGAGGCUGAACCCCAAAACUGCCACUCAUUAAAAUACCCCCAUUUUGGAUUGGGGGGGGGAGGCUGAACCCCAAAACUGCCACUCAUUAAAAUACUCCCAUUUUGGAUUUUUUGGGGGGUCCCUUAACCCCGAAGCUGCCACUCAAUAAAAUACCCCCAUUU